UAGAAGGCCCCCCAAGGACCCAAUAAACCAUGUUCUCCAUCCCCAAACUCAUACUUAUCUAGCUUGUUUACUACUCCCAAUAUAAAUAAAAGCUUAGGAUCCAUUUCUAGAGACGAGUGUGGGAGAGAGAUGAGUAGCUUCGAAGAUGAAAGACUGGUUCAGAUGGUAGAGGAGUUUAUAGAAUCAGAAUCGCCAUCACCCAUUAUCUUUUCUGCUUCCUCGAAGUGUCGUCCUCUAAACCAUCGCACCCAGUAUCUCGCUUUACACGAGAUUCUUGGGAGUGGGACAAAAGCCGAGGUUGAGAUCCUUGAGAGUGUGUUGAGGCAUAUGAGAAGCAAAAGAGAUGCUGAUAAAACCAGCAGUCUGAAAAAGUGGCUUGUCAUGAGGCUCAAAAGGGAUGGUUAUAAGGCUUCACUUUGUCAGACUUCUUGGAUCACUUCCUUGGGAUGCCCUGCUGGUGAUUAUGAAUACAUCGAUAUCAGAAUGGAAGAUGAUGAGAGUGGUAAUUCAAAGAAGUUUUUUGUGGACGUGGAUUUCAAGUCACAGUUUGAGCUAGCAAGGCCUACAACAACAUACAAGGAGCUAACAGAAACACUCCCACAGAUCUUUGUUGGGACUGAGGACAAGCUUAACAAUAUAAUCUCUCUUCUAUGCUCAGCUGCUAAACAGUCCCUUAGAGAGAGGGGCCUCCACAUCCCCCCAUGGAGGACUACCACUUACAUGCAGUCCAAAUGGCUUUCUGGCUGCACUCACAAAGUCUCUGCAGACAAGAGAAAAGCAAAAGGUGUUAGUGUUACAGAUGAGUAUAGCAACUGGACACCCUCGCCUCCAAGGGCCAAACCUAAUAGGCAGAGAAAUUUGGGUGGCGGUUCGGCCUUGUCUAGUCAGUUUUCUGGGAUGAGCAUAAAUUGUUGCUGAAAUUUUGAUUGCCGAGUUCUAAUAUUGGCAGAGAGGCUGCCCAAUUUUGUUCCCUUCUUAUUUUCUGGUAUUUCUGUCGAUGUAUUUGGUUAUUUAGGUCCUUUUUUGUACCGAGGCGAGGGAUGUACCCAUCGCAAUUCUGCCAUAUAUUUUUCCUUAUUUUAUUUUAUUUUAUUUUUUCCUGUUAUUUCCUUAUUGUUUAACUUUAGGUAUGUUAACGUGCACUACGUGCAUGUGCUUCUCUCUA